CAUCUAUUUGAAACCGAUAUUUUUCUUGGUAGGCUGACCAUGACCCAGAGUUGGAGGCCAUCAGGCAGAGGCGAAUGCAAGAGCUAAUGGGACAGCGUGGUGGUGCGGCAAGCCCACAAAAUGCAGGGCAACAAAAGGCUCAGGAAGAUGCAAAGCUGGAAGCUGAGGAACGCCGGCAGAUGAUGCUUGCUCAGAUACUGUCUUCUGAAGCUAGAGAAAGAAUCUCCCGCAUAGCUUUGGUCAAGCCUGAUAAAGCAAGAGGAGUGGAGGAUGUUCUGCUGAGAGCUGCACAAACUGGUGGAAUAUCUGAAAAGGUGUCUGAAGAAAGGCUUAUCUCACUUCUGGAGCAAAUCAACACCCACACAAGCAAACAAACCAAAGUGACGAUUCAGAGGCGUCGCUUUGACGACGAUGACUAGUUGGUAAGCUUGAUGUACUAGCGAAUGGGUGCAGCGGCGUCUGUUGCUUGAUUCAACAACCGUCAAAACCUGACAAACUAUUUGAUUGGUCUUGGGUUGUAUAUGAUCUGGAUAUUAUUUGGUGGGGUUUUUCAUUGAUAACUGUUGGAUGCGUCACUUCUACCCCUGAAACUCUUUGCGAAACCUUUGAGUUGUUGUGGUCGAUUUAUCAAGUUCUAUCAGAUAAUGUUAGUCUGUAUGA